CUACCAAAACAACAAACAAAUCCAAACCCAAAUUUUCUUACCUAAUCAAAAGCAAAAAAAAAAAAAAAUAUGGCUGGCGCUGAAGCUACUAAAUAUGCUUCUGCUACAAGCAACAUAACAAAAUCAAAGAAGCCAAACAUGAGAAGAUUCAUUGGUGUAAGACAAAGGCCAUCAGGUAGAUGGGUUGCUGAGAUCAAAGACUCAUCUCAACAUGUAAGAUUAUGGCUUGGAACCUAUGACACGCCAGAAGAAGCAGCUCGAGCUUACGACGAAGCCGCUCGAGCUUUACGCGGCGAAAAUGCUCGAACCAAUUUCGCCGCAGCAUCAGAAGCCACCACACCAUGUAUUGAUGAUCAAGGAGUACUAUUAUCAUCACCACAAACAAAUGAAGGAAAAAACAACAGUUUAACUUUUGCUUCAUUGAAAGCAAAGUUGAGCAAGAAUCUUCAAAGUAUUAUGGCAAGAACUAGUGAUCAUCAUAACAGCAGCAACAAGUUUUCAAAGAGUAGAGUGAGUGAUCAUUUCACGUUUGCUAGUAUAUUCAACCGGAAGAAUAAUUACCACCAAAUCUCUGCAGUUGAUAUGAAGAACAUUGAAAAAGUGGUGCAGCCUAGCAUUAUUGUUCCUCCUGUUGAAUCUUCAAGUGUUUCUGAUUCUAGUUCUGAAUGGUUUGGUUUUCAGAAUCAUGGAUUAGACUCUGAUGGAUCUGAUAUAGUGGAGAAUAAUAAUAAUGGCACAAAUAGUACUAUUAAUAAUGUUAGUAUUAAUGUUGGUGAUCAAGGUUUUUUGGAUCAACUCUUGGGUUGGAUUGAUGAUAGUUCUGAUAUUUGUGAAGGUUCAAGUAGUAAGAGGUUUAAGGUAUCUUCUUCUGUUCUUGUGCCUCCAACUUUCUCUAGCUCUCCCUAUGAUUGUGGUUCACCUUAUAGUGGUUAUGCCUCUCCUUAUAAUAGUUGUGGCUCACCUUGUAAUGGAUAUGCAUCUCCUUAUUAUGGUAGCCAGAAGUAAAAAAUUGAAAUAUAACAUGUAGUUCGUGUCUGGAUUGACGGUGAAUAUGACAGAAUCACAGUGAAUCACCGCGAAUCUGGCAAAAACUAUGUAAUUUAUAAAGUUACAGUGUCACUGUGAUUUUGUUAAAAUUCGCCGCAAUCCAAACAUGGAAGUAUUGAUAGUCAUGGUGGUGUUUGGCUUAUUUUGAUUGAUGCCUGCUAAAAUUUGUUAUGAGCAUCUUUUCAAAAAAGUUAAUCAAAACUUCAAACUCUCUCUCUCUAUGUUAUGAUGAAGAGUUGAAGACUAAGUUCUUAUAGCAUGUAUAUGUACAUAUAGAAAAAGAACUUUGGUUUUAUAUAAGAAAAGUAUUUUAGUUUAAUUAUGC